CGGGUCCUUCUUCUCCGCGCAGCCGCCGGUUGAUCUCGAAGCUUCUGACCGGUACCGGGUGCAGACACCGUAAUCUGAGUCCAUCCGAGCCCGAAUCGAGCUGUACCGGCCCCGGGACGCGCCAGUCCCGCUCUGAAGACUUCUCUCUACAAUCUCCAUCGAUUAUAACGUCGCGAUGCCCGAAGCAAAGGCGGCACCGAGAGCCUCAAUGGGCAGACACAAUGGAGGGGCGUAUGUGGACCGCGACAAACCGGCCCAGAUUCGGUACAGCAACAUCUCUGCUGCCAAAGCUGUCGCCGAUGCCGUCAGGACGAGCCUGGGGCCCAAAGGAAUGGACAAGAUGAUCCAGGACGAGAAAGGUGACGUGACCAUCACCAACGACGGCGCCACCAUCCUGAAGCAGAUGCAGGUGCUCCACCCCGCAGCCAAAAUGCUGGUGGAACUAUCCAAAGCCCAGGACAUUGAGGCCGGAGACGGCACCACCUCUGUGGUUGUGAUUGCUGGAGCUCUGCUGGAAGCCUGCUACCGGCUGCUGCAGAAAGGCAUCCACCCCACCAUCAUCUCGGAGUCCUUCCAGAAGGCGGUGGAGAAAGGUGUGGAGGUGCUGACGGGCAUGAGCCGGCCGGUGCAGCUGAGCGACCGCGAGACGCUGCUCAACAGCGCCACCACGUCUCUGUGCUCCAAGGUGGUGUCGCAGUACUCCAGCCUGCUGGCGCCAAUGAGCGUGGACGCCGUCAUGCGAGUCAUCGACCCGGCCACCGCCACAGGCGUCGACCUGCACGACAUCAAAAUCAUCAAGAAGCUCGGAGGGACCAUUGAUGACUGUGAGCUGGUGGAGGGCCUGGUUCUGACCCAGAGGGUGGCCAACAGCAGCGUGACCCGUGUGGAGAAGGCAAAGAUUGGCCUCAUCCAGUUCUGCCUGUCCCCUCCCAAAACCGACGUAAGUCACCUGACAAAUAUCAGCACAGAGGAAAGAUUGCAGCCUCUCCAUGGGACACCAGAUCGUGUGCUCAGAUUUAUGCUCAGGAUGGACCGCCAGUUCUGCGAGGGGAGGAGCGCGCUUACAUCCUCAACCAUGGGUGAAACAGAUAAAGAAGGCCGGGCUGCCAACGUGCUGCCUCAUUCCAGAAUCCAUCCCAGAUGCCUCCUGAGCGACCUCGCCCUGCACUUCCUCAACAAAAAUGAAAUCAUGGUGGUGAAGGACGAUCCGGAAGACGAGGCAUCGGAGUUCAUCUGCAAGGCCGAUCACGGCUUGCCACCAGCCCCGGGCAAGACGGUGUGCAUCGUUGGUUCGGGGCUCCAACAAGCUGCGUUGCAUUUGAGUAGCAGAGCGCUCCAUCUCAGCGAUGCGCUGUGCUGUCAUCCGCCAUUUGCCCAUGGUCAAGAAGAGGUCGCCGUCAUUCCUGCCAGGCGUUUAUUUCAUCAGACAUUUACACAAGGAGUGCCAAGUUACAGGAACAGGGCUCUGAUCGCCGUGUGGGCGGCCCGCUCCAGAGAUCGAAGCUUGCCGUUCGCGGUCUGGGCAGAGUACUCGCGCCACUCUGGGGGCCAUGGAGGCACUUCCGGCAACAAACACGCUGCAGGGAGACAGAUGUGCCGCAUAAACGUUCGCAAGGGAGGAAUCUCCAACAUCCUGGAGGAGCUGGUGGUGCAGCCUUUACUGGUUUCCAUCAGCGCACUGACCCUGGCCACAGAGACGGUCCGCAGCAUCCUGAAGAUCGACGACGUGGUGAACACCCGAUAAGAGAUUUGAGUCUGUCCAGUGAGGUCUGUCCAGUGAGUUCUGUCCACUAAGCCUGCUCGUACUGCGAGGGAUCAGAGGACUCUGUUGACGUCUGUCCAUGCAGAUUCCCACUGUAGUUGUUACGUUGCGUAAUUUAAUAAACAAAAGGCUUGUUUUUUUUUUGUUGA